AGGGGGGAAGAGGGGUUCACUCCAGAGGAGACACAGCUGAGAGGGCAGGUUGUGGUUUCGGCCAGAGACCCCAGCCCCCCCCAUUUAUUUACCAACAACGGGCGCCUAUUUCCUCAGCACUGAAACCGUCCUCGCCAACGGACUGGCACGUCAGCUCCCCUCUACCUCGACUAAUAAAUGCCAAGCGACAUUACAGAAGCGCCAGCAGACAAGGACCCCAGCUCAGAACUGGAAGCGAUCCGUCGGAAAAAAACAUAAAAAACAACAACAAAAGCACACGGAUCGUCGCCGUGGCCUUUCUCAAUGCAUACCCUUUGUGCUCGGGGAACCAUGAAACCAGAGAUCAACGCCGCCGUCGGAUUUUUGUCGAGAUUUCUGAGGGUGAAAGGACACGUAAACGACCGACAGGUCCAAACCUUCAGCCAAAGCUUACAGGACAUUUUGUCAGAGCAAUAUAAGCACCACUGGUUCCCAGACAGGCCCUGCAAGGGUUCGGGCUACCGCUGCAUCCGCAUCAACCACAAGAUGGACCCUCUGGUGGGGCAGGCGGGCCAGCGCAUCGGCCUGACCAUCCAGCAACUCUACCUGCUGCUGCCCAGCGAGCUCACGCUCUGGGUGGACCCCUUCGAAGUGUCCUACCGCAUCGGCGAGGACGGCUCCAUCUGCGUCCUUUACGAGUCGCAGCCCGUUCCCAUCGGAAUGCCGGUGUCGGCCGCCGUCGGCUCCCCCUCAGGAAACGGGUCGGUGAGCUCCAUGGUGGACACUCGCAUCAGCUGCAGGGAUGAGGUGAGGGUGCUGGGCCGAACCAGUCCCUCCAAGACCUACAAUAAUAUGAUGACAGUGUCCAGUUAGAGAGGGGUGCCGUCAACCCUACUUUCAGGGUCGCGCGGUGGCCGGUCAGAUCAUGGUGAGCCUUUUUAAAGCUAAGAAUAUGAAAUUGUGAAAGAAGAAAAAAAGCAAAAGAAAAGAAAAAAAAACAAAGGAUGUGGCCUAUCAUCCAGGUGAUGGAAACUUUGUAGAUUUUUUUUUUUAACCCUCUACCCAUAAUCAUCUGUUGUGUUGUCAUUGGAUCAACCAGACACUCCGUUUUUAUUUUGUUUAAAAAAAAUGGACUUUGGAAAGGAAACUGUUGGGGCAGCUAAACCAACCAACCAACCAGGAACACCCCCACCCCUCGCCACAACGGAGACUGGCUCCCCACCCCUCCCUCACCAACAUUGUGAUAAGCUCUAUCACUGAAGGGGCUCCAAGCAUCGCCUUUGCACUUUUUCUUUCGUAUGGUUACUAUGGGUACACGGUCAACACAUCACUUAAUUGUAAGGAUUUAUUUUCCA